UGGGGUGUCCGACGUCAACCACUGGGGCUGUGUGAUGCGUGGGCGGUGGCGUACCCAAAGGCCAUUGUGACACGGAGGGGUACCCAUGGCAACGGUGUCCCUUAUAAGGCCCGAGCCCCGGGCUGCCCAUUCACUCUCAGGAGAGCAGCUCUCUCAGGAGGCAGCAGCUCGCCUGGGUGCCCGUUGGAGUUCUCGGUCAGAGGACCUGGAGCACACCAUGGAGCAGCAGAAUAAGGAUCACUCCCAGCCCGCUGAAGGGCAGCAGAGGGUACAGGAGCGGCGCCAGUUUCUCUUGCAGAUGGAGAAGCUGCAAGACAUGAAGACGCUGCCACACAGUGGGGUGCGGCAGGAAGAGAGAAUCCAUCUGCCAGCCAUGCCGCCUUUCCCAAGGCAGGCAGCGACUCAGGCAGCAGCACCCAAGCAAGCGCGUGCAGCACAGACAUCGUCAUCUGAAAGGGUCACUUGCAAGCUGCCCCGUCUACAAGCAACAGCCUCUGCAUCUUCAGCUGCAGGAAGGGCAAAGGCGUUGGGCACAGAGGCCCACAGCCACCAAGAGCUUCUGCCACCUCUUCCGUGCAUCUCUGGUGAGAGGGACAAGGCAGUGAGGGCAGGGAGCCGGGAACGUGGCCCACACAGCCCUGUGGCCCCUGACGAGGACAUGGAGUACACAGUACGGUCCUUCGUCUCCACAGUCAUAAGAAACGCUCUAGCCUGCAACGAGGAAGCCAACAGCAAAGCAAGGCUUUCUCCCUCAGGCAGAGGUCCCGGGACCAAAGGCUACAGAACACCACCUCUCACCACAGCAGUGCCCCAAAAUGGGAAGAAGAAGAGUCAGCACUCGUCCAAAAGCAGCCCUGCAGCCCCUGCCGAAGAAAUUGAAGACCCACUAAAGGCCUUUGUCUCCGCUGCCAUUAACAGUGCCAUAGCCCGGAACCAGGGAGCCAUGAGGGAGGCAAGGCUUUCUCCCUUGGGCAGACGUCCCAGGAGCAAAGGCCGCAUAACACCACCACUCCUCACAGCAGUGCCCCAGAACUGGAAGAAGAGUCAGCACCCUGCCAAAAAACAGCCCUGCAGCCUCCGCCGAGGACAUGGAAGACCCAGUAAAGGCCUUCGUCUCCAGUGUCAUUAGCAGUGCUAUAGCCUGCAACGAGGGAGCCACGAGGGAGGCAGAGCUUCCUCCCUUGUGCAGAGGUCCCAGGAGCAAAGGCCACAGAACACCACCUCUCCUCACAGCAGUACCCCAGGAUUGGAAGAAGAGUCGGCAGGCUGCC